AUGCGGGCCGCGGGCGCACCUCUCGUCCGCACCUCGCGGCUGCUGGUUCUGCUAUUGAUCAAGGUUUCCGCUUCUCCUGCCCUCGGGUACGCCCUUGCGCCCAGGAAGGAAAAUUGUCUGGGAGAAAGCUGUUCACCUACACUGAUUCAGCGUCGCAGCAGGGACGCUUGGGGACCAGGAGAUUCUGCAGCUCGUGCGCCCAGGGAGGAGGAGCAGGAGGCAGCGGUGCGCUCGGCGCCCCCGUGGGACCUACCGGCCGGUCCCGGCGGUGACCCAGGUGUGGGCAGAGGGGCGGAGGCGCCGGCAGCUGAGCCCUCGGGACCUCCGGCUAGGCCACCUGGAGCCUGGAGGUGGAAAGGUGCCCGGGGUCAGGAGCCCCCUGAAACUUUGGGGAGAGGGAACCCCACGGCUCUCCAGUUCUUCCUUCACACCUCAGAGGAGAAGGAGAAGGGUCCCAAAGGCGCUGGCCUUUCUGGGCGUAGCCAGGAGCAGAGUGCGAGGAAGGAACCCGGAGUCAGCGACCUGUAUUAUUGGCCAAGGAGAGCUGGGAAACUCCAAGGUUCUCACCACGACCCCCAGCCCAAGACGGUCCAUGGGCCGUCGGGGUACGAAGGGCGGACGAUUGCACCCCCUGGCAGGGCGCUGGCUCAGAAUGGGUCCUCCCUUGAAGGAGUUCAUGAACGCGGGGGUCCCCGGCGGGGGAACAGCACGCACCCACACUUGCGACUGAAGAACCCCUUCUACCCGCUGACCCAGGAGUCGUACGGAGCCUAUGCGGUCAUGUGUCUGUCCGUGGUGAUCUUCGGGACCGGCAUCAUUGGCAACCUGGCAGUGAUGUGCAUCGUGUGCCACAAUUACUACAUGCGGAGCAUCUCCAACUCCCUCCUGGCCAACCUGGCCUUCUGGGACUUUCUCAUCAUCUUCUUCUGCCUUCCGCUGGUCAUCUUUCAUGAACUGACCAAGAAGUGGCUGCUGGAGGACUUCUCCUGCAAGAUCGUGCCCUAUAUAGAGGUUGCUUCUCUGGGAGUCACUACGUUCACUUUAUGCGCUCUGUGUAUAGACCGCUUCCGGGCGGCCACCAACGUCCAGAUGUACUAUGAAAUGAUAGAAAACUGUUCUUCCACAACCGCCAAACUUGCUGUGAUAUGGGUGGGCGCUCUCCUGCUAGCCCUGCCGGAAGUGGUGCUCCGCCAGUUGAGUAAGGAGGACCUGGGCUUGAGCGGGCGAGCGCCUGCCGAGCGCUGCGUUAUCAAGAUCUCCCCCGACCUCCCCGACACCAUCUAUGUCUUAGCCCUCACCUACGACAGCGCUAGACUCUGGUGGUAUUUCGGCUGUUACUUCUGUUUGCCCACGCUUUUCACCAUCACCUGCUCUCUAGUGACUGCAAGGAAAAUCCGCAAAGCCGAGAAAGCCUGUACCCGGGGGAAUAAGCGACAGAUCCAGCUAGAAAGCCAGAUGAACUGUACAGUCGUGGCUUUGACCAUUUUAUAUGGAUUUUGCAUUAUUCCUGAAAACAUUUGCAACAUUGUGACUGCUUACAUGGCCACAGGGGUUUCCCAGCAGACAAUGGACCUUCUUAAUAUCAUCAGCCAGUUCCUUCUGUUCUUUAAGUCCUGUGUCACCCCUGUUCUCCUCUUCUGUCUCUGCAAACCCUUCAGUCGGGCCUUUAUGGACUGCUGCUGCUGCUGUUGUGACGAGUGCAUUCAGAAGUCGUCCACGGUGACCAGUGAUGACAAUGACAACGAAUACACCACAGAACUGGAGCUCUCACCUUUCAGUACCAUACGCCGGGAAAUGUCCACCUUUGCUUCUGUUGGAACUCAUUGCUGA